UCUGUGCAAAAAAAAUAACCCUUUAAAAAAGAUUACAUUUAAGGAUUGUUCUGAAUAUUUAUAAUAUUCACCCAUUAAUAUAAUAAUAUAAUCUUUAUAUGACAAGAAACUCAUUACACUUUCUAACGUUAUUUGUUUCUGGUGACCUCUACUGGACCUGCGCGGUAUCGGAUUUUAUUGCCGUGACCAAAAACCGUCCGAGGAGACGUUCGACCAAUCAGCUUCCACAUUUUUAUAACAUACGCGAUGAUGAACGAAUCAUCGAUCAGGAUGCACUCCAGUGGGCGGGACGUUUAGCUCUGAUUGGUAGUUAGUGUAACUGGCGAAAAAGGCGGAUUGCUUGGUGUGUGUAGUUUUGGCUAAAGAGAGAAAAGCUGCACUGAUAAUAAUAAUAAUAAUAUUAAUAAUAUUAUUAAUAAUAAUUACGACGUUAAUAAAAGGACUAACAGAAGAUUUACCAAGCUAUAGAUAAAGGAUUAGAACCAUGGGCAGUUUGCCAGAUGUCUGUGAGCUGAGGACACAUCUGGAGAACACACUGGUCUCUUACCAUCAUCUGGAACAGACCGAGUGGAAAGUGGCAAAGAAAUCGAAUGAUGUCACUGUUUGGAGGAAACCUUCGGUGGAGUUCAGCGGUUUCCUGUAUAAAGUGGAGGGUCUGGUGAUGGAGAAGCCGUGCAGGAUAGUGGACUACAUUCGUCCAGGACCGUAUCGCUUACAGUGGGACAGUCUGAUGACCUCGCUGGAAAUUCUCGAAACUGUAGACAAGGCGUGUUGUGUGAUGCGCUACACCACUGCAGGACAGCUGUGGAACAUCAUCGCUCCUCGAGAGUUUGUGGAUUUCUCCUACACCACUGAUUAUCAGAACGGCCUUCUGUCCUGCGGUGUUAGUGUGGAGUGUGAGCAGCAGGACCAGAGCAGUGUGCGAGGUUAUAAUCACCCGUGUGGUUGGUUCAGUGUUCCUGUCGAUGGGGGUGAAGUGGACGUCCCCUGCAGUUUGCUCACCGGAUACAUCCAGACUGACUUGAGGGGCAAAAUCCCACAGUCUGCGGUGGAUGUCGCCAUGGCAACCACACUCACAACCUUCUAUGCUGACCUCAAGAAAGCACUUGCAACCUAGAUCUCUCUCUCUCUGUCUCUCUCUGUCUCUGUCUCUCUCUCUCUCUCUCUUUCUAUCUGUCUCUGUCUGUCUGUCUGUCUCUCUCUCUGUCUCUCUCUCUCUCUCUUUUUGCCUGUCUGUCUCUCUCUCUCUGUCUCUCUCUCUUUCUGUCUGUCUGUCUCUCUCUGUCUCUCUCUCUCAUAAUACUUGAUCUAAUAAGUAAAGCCUAUAUUUUUAUAAAAAUAUAAACAUAUACAGAUUAUAGAUAGAUAGAUAGAUAGAUAGAUAGAUAGAUAGAUAGAUAGAUAGAUAGAUAGAUAGAUAGAUAGAUAGAACACUUUAUAAAUGAUAUAUCUCAGGAUUUCAUUUACUAAUUAUAAAUAUUAUGGUGCUAAUUUACCUGCAAAUUACCCUUCAAAUACCUGCUCAUUUAAAUGCAGGCCGUGUCGUGUAUAUAAUCCCUCACUGAUUUACACCAUCCAUCCAUCCAUCCAUCCAUCCAUCCAUCUUCUACCGCUUUAGUUAAAAAAAUCCAAUUUAAAAUUUUGUAUUAAUUUUAAAGUGCAAUAUUUAUGUUAUAUUUAUUGUUGUAUCUUUAGACACUUAAUGCUCUGUAAUGUAAAUGAAGGUAAAUGUGAUGUUUUUUUCAUUCAGUUAUUAAAAUCAUUCAAACGAAUAGAA